CUCCAAGCUCAGCCCUACGCAUGCCGCUGCCCCUUCCAAGCUGACCAGUGGUUGCUCUCACCCCCUCCCUCCGCGAUGAAGUGUACAUCUAGUCUACCUUUUGUUUAAGCACACAUUCCUUCCGCUCUAACGGCCGUAGCCCCACAGCCAUGUUCAACAUCUCGAACCUGGUGCAGAAAGCCCAGCAGUUUAUCGAGCCUACCCUCAACAUCGCCAGCCCUACCUCAUCCGACCGACGCCCCUCGAAAGCAGAGCUUUUUCGCCACCAGUUCCGGCUCCCCGACUCGCAGAACCCGCUCCAAGAAAUCACCGCCGAGCUUACACUCUCGCCCCACCACUCGACGAGGGGUUCUGGAGACGUCACACCCUCUGAGAAGGAGCUGAGUCAGGGGAACCACUAUGUCGGGAAGCUGCACCUGAGCGAGCAGUACCUCUGCUUCUCUACGCAGGGCUCCAGCUUCGUGAACACGGCCAGCUUGAGCUCCUCCAGCAGCUUCACCGGCCAGACUCAUGGGGCCGGCCCCGCGGGCAAUGGUUUCACCUUGCCAUUGUGCGCUAUACGCAGAGUCGAGCGGCUCCACAGUCAGAGCUACAUGUUUGCUCUGGCGAUAACAACGUGGAACGGCACACCGGACACGAAGUCGAAAGCCCCAAGCGGGCAGAAGCUCACGAUCCAGCUUGCAGGUAGCCGUCAGCACUGCGAGCGGUUCUGCGAUGGUCUCAAGAAGGGCUUGCGGGAAGGCGUGAAGGAGGUCGAAAAUCUUCGAACAGUGGUUCGCGACUGCUACUCCGAAUACCUGCUCUCGAUCGACGGUAACGAGAAGAAGGCCGGCGGCCAGGACGCCCAUUCGGACAGAGAGCAUCCAGACACUGGGCUUGGCCUUGUCUUUAGAUAUCCCGGAAAUGCGCGGAAACUGAGGGACGCGACAAAGAUCAGAUUAUGGAAGGAGUAUCUGCGAGACAACGGGCGCAGCGCUACGCUCAUCCGGCAACCUACCUUCCACAAACUAAUCCGUGUCGGCCUACCGAAUCGGUUACGCGGCGAAAUCUGGGAGUUGACCACCGGGUCGUGGUUUUUGCGCCUUCAGAAUCCCAAACUAUAUACAGAAACGCUAGCAAAGUUCUCGGGUAGAGAAUCGCUAGCCAUAGACGAGAUUGAGAAGGACCUGAACAGGAGCUUGCCAGAGUACCCGGGCUUCCAGAGCGAGGAGGGUAUCGGCCGGCUAAGAAGGGUCUUGACGGCUUACAGCUGGACCAAUGAAGAGGUCGGCUAUUGCCAGGCAAUGAACAUUGUCGUGGCAGCUCUCUUGAUUUACAUGUCUGAAGCCCAGGCCUUCUUCCUUCUCUCUGUGCUCUGUGACCGCCUCCUGCCUGGAUACUACUCACAAACCAUGUACGGAACAUUACUUGACCAGCGGGUCUUCGAAUCGCUCGUGGAGAAGACAAUGCCCAUACUAUGGGACCACCUUGUCAAAUCUGAUGUCCAGCUAUCGGUCGUGUCCCUACCCUGGUUUCUAUCCCUUUAUAUCAACUCGAUGCCCCUCAUCUUCGCGUUUCGAGUUCUAGACGUGUUCUUCCUCGAAGGUCCCAAGGUUCUCUUCCAGAUCGGUCUGGCCAUUCUACGAAUCAACGGUGAAGAGCUAUUGGACGCCUCGGAUGAUGGCACAUUCAUAUCGGUGCUCAAGUCGUACUUUGCGAGGCUGGAUGAGUCUGCGCAUCCCAAAUCGGAGAAUCCGAAACUUCGGGCUGUUACGAGAUUUCAAGAGCUGAUGGUGGUUGCCUUCAAGGAAUUUGCGGGCAUCACGCAAAAUACAAUAUCAGAGCAAAGGGCAAAGCACAAGGAUGCGGUGCUUGAAAAUAUUGAAAGCUUCACCAAACGCACCUCCAUACGGAACCUUGGACCGGAGAGCAAAAAGCUCAGUCUUAACGAUCUAGGCUUCCUGUACGACAAGUUUUACGCUGUGCUAUAUGACCGACAGCAGCGAGCUGAGAUCAUGGAACAAGAGGCAGCUAGGAAGGCUAAAGCCGGUAAGAGCAAGGCAACUGAGAUUGUUACUGGCUUCUCAGGGACCAGCGUCGAGAAAGGGAGAGUCGCGCUUGGCCCAAGCCCGACACAGAUGGACUACGAUGCUUUUAGAGAAUUCUUGGCCGGAAUUGCUAAGUGGGCCAUAACCGACUCACCUAGCUCACCCCCCGAAGCAAACGGCACUCAGACUCCCCACUCCUAUUUCGGUAGCAGUACACGGAGUCGACCGCCCACAUCUCCUUGGGGCUCAGGGCCCGAGCCUGCAGAGCAUGACUUCAUGAGACGACUAUUCCGGCGCUGGGAUACAGAUAUGGCUAAUUCCUUAUCCCUACAAAACGUUGUCGCAGGCUUUGCCGCUGUGAAGGGCUCAAAAGACAUCAUGUCAAACAUUAGCUACUUCUUUGAGCUCUAUGAUGACGACGGCGACGGCAGAGUCGACCGCGAAGGCAUUCUCAGGAUAUCGGAAGCCCUACUCUUUUUGUCGAGAAGAGGGCUCGGUGAGUCGAUAAGCCCUUCUCCGUCCAUGACGGACAUCCGAGCUGGUGGCAGCCCCGAGCGUGGCAACCGUGACGAGCACUUUUUGAGCAGCGUAUCCGCCUUCAUCCGGAGGUGUUUCGAAUACGCAGAUCCCGAUCAUCCCUCAAAUCAAGGAAAUCGCGCGGUAGAGCAAACACGGGAUGGUCUCGACAGCUUUACGAUUGGCGGCGACGAGGAAGACGAUCUCAUCGACUUCGGGUCAGGUCCCAGCACCCCAACAGCCAUUAGGCAUCCUAAUCCUACGUCUCCAACACACAAGCAUGAGAGGCAUCCUAUUUCUCCUGUGCCGUCAAACACAGAUCCUCUCUCGCCCGGGUCCGAAGCCAGGACGCAAAAGGCCAAAGCGGCAAACGCCGCCCUCGACCCUAAUAAACCACUCUAUAUUACCCUUCCCACCUUCCGAAUGGUCAUCCUCGCCGACGAAGUGCUGGAGCAAUUCUUCGAAGUCGGCUUCUCAUCGUCAUUCCGUCUUGCAGAUGUCCCUCUCCCUUCACACGCUUCCAGCUCUUCGAAUCUCACCACUUUUUCGAAUGCUGGAAGGCAGGUCGCGGCCGCUACAUCCGGCAUGGCUGGUGUGGUGGGCGGCGCAGGAGCUGGCGUCGUACCUCCCGGCAAAGGCCUUCGUGGCAUGCUGGAUAACAUUGUCACUGAUGGUAUGCGCGUGGCGGCGGAGGUUCGACGAAGAAUGGACGAGGCGCAGAAAGAGUUGGAUAAGGAAGCGAAUCGGUACAAGGACGAUGACGAAGACGAAGAGGAGCCCUCAAAUGCGAAGGAUGCGGACUUGCUAGAGGGCGCGGAAACGGCAGACGUGGAUACGUCGAAAGGGAGCGCGCCGGAUCUGUUGGCGCCGGCGGGACCGGGAACCGAGGGAGAGAUCAAGCCAAUGAGGAAUCGCAGUGCGAGUGAUGCUAGCAGGAGGGUGCUGGAGUUUGAGCGGUAGUUGUAGAGGUUUUGUGGAUGAUUGCUUACGUGUCAUGGGAUUGGAUUGUUGGAGCUAUGGCGGUUGCUAUUGUGCUUGAUAUCAGUGGUUUUCAUGGGACAGGGCCUGGUUAGCUGGCAUUCGUAUUCUUAAAUCGGUUCGCUGUCAUAUGGGCUCAUGCUUAUCAGGUGUCCUUCCUAAUUAUGGCUCUAGGCGACUACCAGCGCGCUUCUUGUAUGAUUCCC